UCCUAGGAUGAGUGAAGGGGCGGCCGCUGCUUCGCCACCUGGAGCCGCUUCGGCAGCCGCCGCCUCGGCCGAGGAGGGCACCGCGGCGGCUGCGGCGGCGGCGGCGGCAGCGGGCGGGGGCCCGGACGGCGGCGGCGAAGGGGCGGCCGAGCCCCCCCGGGAGUUACGCUGUAGCGACUGCAUCGUGUGGAACCGGCAGCAGACGUGGCUGUGCGUGGUGCCUCUUUUCAUCGGCUUUAUCGGCCUGGGGCUCAGUCUAAUGCUCCUCAAAUGGAUCGUGGUGGGCUCCGUCAAGGAAUACGUGCCCACCGACCUGGUGGACUCCAAGGGGAUGGGCCAGGACCCCUUCUUCCUCUCCAAGCCCAGCUCCUUCCCCAAGGCCAUGGAGACAACUACCACGACAACUUCCACCACGUCCCCAGCCACCCUCUCCUCUGGCGGUGCCGCCUCUUCCAGGACGCCCAACCGGAUUAGCACCCGCCUGACCACCAUCACGCGGGCUCCCACUCGCUUCCCGGGGCACCGAGUGCCCAUUAGGGCCAGCCCGCGCUCCACUACAGCACGAAACACUGCGGGUCCCCCGACGGUCAUGUCCACGACGGCCCCUUUCUUCAGUAGCAGCACACUAGGCUCCCGACCCCCAGUGCAAGGAACCCCCAGUACCCAGGCAAUGCCCUCUUGGCCCACUGCGGCAUUCGCUACCUCCUCCUACCUUCAUGAUUCUACUCCCUCUUGGACCCUGUCUCCCUUUCAGGAUGCUGUCGCUGCCUCCUCCUCCUCCUCAUCAUCUUCCUCCUCUUCCACCACCACCUCGUCUUCCUCCUCUACCACCACCACGCCAGAAACUAGCACCAGCCCCAAAUUUCAUACGACGACAUAUUCCACUGAGCGAUCUGAGCACUUCAAACCCUGCCGAGACAAGGACCUUGCUUAUUGUCUCAAUGACGGCGAGUGCUUUGUGAUUGAAACCCUGACUGGAUCCCAUAAACACUGUCGGUGCAAAGAAGGCUACCAAGGAGUCCGUUGUGAUCAAUUUCUGCCGAAAACUGAUUCCAUCUUAUCAGAUCCAACAGACCACUUGGGGAUUGAAUUCAUGGAGAGUGAAGAAGUUUAUCAAAGGCAGGUGCUGUCAAUUUCAUGUAUCAUCUUUGGACUUGUCAUCGUGGGCAUGUUCUGUGCAGCAUUCUACUUCAAAAGCAAAAAGCAAGCUAAGCAAAUUCAAGAGCAGCUGAAAGAGCCACAAAAUGGUAAAAACUACAAUCUCAAAGUGUCCAGUGCAAUGGCAAAGUCAGAACACUUGGUGAAGAAUCACGUCCAGCUGCAAAAUUAUUCAAAGGUGGAGAGGCAUCCUGUGACAGCUUUGGAGAAAAUGAUGGAAUCAAGCUUUGUUGGCCCCCAGUCAUUCCCAGAGGUCUCUUCUCCUGACAGAGGAAGCCAAUCUGUCAAACAGCAGAGCAGGAGUCUGUCCUCUUGCUGCAGCCCAGGACAAAGGAGUGGCAUGCUCCACAGGAACGCCUUUAGAAGGACACCACCCUCACCUCGAAGUAGGCUGGGCGGAAUCGUGGGACCAGCGUAUCAACAGCUUGAGGAAUCAAGGAUCCCAGACCAGGAUACAAUACCUUGUCAAGGGAUAGAGGUCAGGAAGACUAUAUCCCACCUGCCUAUACAGCUGUGGUGUGUUGAAAGAUCCCUGGACUUAAAGUAUUCAUCCACCAGUUUAAACACCCAACAAAAUGCAUCAGUAAAUAUGCAACUGCCUUCAAGAGAGACAAACUCCUAUUUUAAUAACUUGGAUCAGAAGGACCUGAUGGUAUAUUCAUCCACAAGGGCCAAUUCUGUGCCCAUCAUCCCUUCAGUGGGUCUAGAGGAAACCUGCAUGCAAAUGCCAGGGAUUUCUGAAGUAAAAAGCAUCAAAUGGUGCAAAAACUCCUACUCUGCUGAUGUUGUCAAUGUGAGUAUUCCAGUCAACGAUUGUCUUAUAGCAGAACAACAAGAAGUGAAAAUAUUGCUAGAAACUGUCCAGGAGCAGAUCCGAAUUCUGACUGAGGCCAGGCGGUCAGAAGACUAUGAACUAGCCAGUGUAGACACUGAGGACAGUGCAAGUGAAAACACAGCCUUCCUCCCCCUGAGUCCCACGGCUAAAUCAGAACGAGAGGCACAAUUUGUCUUAAGAAAUGAAAUACAAAGAGACUCUGCAUUGACCAAGUGACUUGAGAUGUAGGAAUCUGUGCAUUGUAUGCUUUGCUCAACAGGAAAGAGAGGAAAUUAAAUACAAAUUAUUUAUAUGCAUUAAUUUAAGAGCAUCUACUUAGAAGAAACCAAAUAGUCUAUCGCCCUCAUAUCAUAGUGUUUUUUAACAAAAUAUUUUUUUAAAGGGAAAGAAACAUUUCAGGAGGGAUAAAGCUUACAACUAAAGCUUUUGGAUAGAAUUCUGAAUACAGUUUCAGUUAGUCCCAACACUGUCCUUUUUGGCUUUUAGUAAAUGGGGGUGAUCCAGACCCUUAGCCCCACAGCACCAGUAUCCUCACAAAAGGGCACUGGCAGUUACCUGGUUUCAGAGACAAGCUGUGUUCUGAGGGCGGAGGUGCCAGUGAGAAGGUGACUCUUGUCAUUUAGCUUGAAAGUCCCAACCUCUAAAUUUAUUUUCACUGGACAGCCUCAUCACAGGUUAUGUCAUGUCAACACAUGUGUUUUCUAUUUAAUUUUAAAUUUUGAAGAAGGGCACCAAGACUCUGGAAGGAGGAGGACAGGAGAUAAAGGGAGUCAUUGGGGGCAAUCUCAGCUUCUCUUAUGUGCCAUCUUCUGAAAUUUGAGGGCACAGAAUCUCAGAGGGAGGUAUGAAAUCAUUACAAAAAGAGACAAAAAUCACAGUGUCAUGUCACUAAAAUCAUACAGAUAGAAAUGUUUUUCUUUGAGAUUGGUUAAGGGCUCCACAGGAGCAUUUCUCAGUGUGUGUGCCUGUGUGUGCAUGUGAGAGUGUGCAUUUGCGUGUGUGCGACUGAGUUUCCUGGAGCACUGGUAUGUUGUAUGCACGUGUUCAUUGUGAGUAUGUGUGUGCAUGUGUGUGAGUAUUACACUUGUUAAAAUUUGUUCUGAAAUAUCAGGGAAUCUAAUAUUCAGAAAAAAUUUUCCCUCUUAGAUUUGUUCUCUUUAAAUUUUCCCAUGAAGUAUAAAGUUCAGUUAGUAUGUUCUUAAAUCAGUCACUUGAAGUGACAUCCUAUAAAACUUUUGACAAUGUCCAGACCAUUUUCUGAUGUGAAUACUUCUGAGAGGAAUAACUAUAGGCUCAUUGAUGAUAUCCAUAUCACAAGGCAAGUUGAAGAUGUGUAUUUAUUUUAAAUUGUGUGUAUUUAAGUUAUUUACACAAGCCAAUGACCAAAUUGACAAUUAUCCUUUGCUUUCUCAUGAGGCUCAUUAUGAUUUAUUUUGUAGCAAACCUAUAAGUUGUGGACCAAGACAUUAGCUUCUGUGGUUAAGAAUAAAUUGUUGAAAUCACAACGCCCAGAGUAUUCAGUUCAUAGGAAGCCCCCUAAAGAACAGUAAAUUGUGUUGUAUGUUCAUUUGGAAUAAAGCAAUAUUUUUAUCACUGCUAAGGUUAACGGAAACUUCUCCUGAAGAUUUGUCUGUUUUAUUUACCCUUACUUUGAUGGGGGUAUUCAAGAAAAUUAGUGUUUACAUAACCAGUUUUUUUUUUCAAAAUUUUGGUGGUGUUGUUAUGUUUACACUGUUUUAAAUAA